AAAAGGAACACAACAACAAACGACUGUGUACGCGUCUAGUUGGAUUGACAACAAGAUGGCGGUGACGCGGCGGGGCCGUUUGGGGCUAAGCUCUUUUUUCCUUUUGCUCUCCUUUGGUUGCGAGGGCGCUUGGGCUGCUGACGAGCCUGUUCCUGCCUCGCUUUCCGAGGGUUUUGAGCCGGCGCUGGGAAGUACUGCUCCGUGCCAGCGGACCUGCCAGAGUACCUACCCGCUGCAUACUUACCCCAAGGAAGAAGAGCUUUAUGCAUGUCAGCGAGGCUGCAGACUUUUCUCCAUUUGCCAGUUUGUAGAUGAUGGUGUUGAUUUGAAUCAGACCAAACUGGAGUGUGAUUCUGCAUGUACUGAAGCAUAUUCUCAGUCUGAUGAACAAUAUGCUUGCCGUCUGGGAUGUCAGAAUCAGUUGCCAUAUGCUGAACUGAGACAAGAGCAACUCAUGUCCCUGAUGCCAAGAAUCCAUCUUCUAUUCCCCCUUACACUUGUAAGAUCAUUCUGGAGUGAUAUGAUGGAAACAGCCCACAGUUUCAUUACUUCCUCAUGGACUUUCUACCUUCAAGCUGAUGAUGGCAAAAUAGUGAUAUUCCAGUCAAAGCCAGAAGUUCAGUAUGUUCAGAGACCUCAUCAGGAAACCAUGGAUCUAAAAGAAUCAACUCAGAGCAAAGCAUCUUCAGAUCUACAACCAAGAGGGCCUCAGAUACAUUCAGAAUUUUUUGAAGAGGAUGAAAGUGACACCUUCUUCAAAUGUAUUUCAGUAAAUUCUGGUUGGAUAUUAACUACUACACUUAUCCUCUCUAUACUGGUGUUGCUCUGGAUUUGUUGUGCGACUGUUACUACUGCUGUGGAGCAAUAUGUUCCAUCUGAGAAGCUGAGUAUCUAUGGAGACUUGGAAUACAUGAAUGAACAGAAGCUGCACCGAUAUCCAACUUCUGCUCUUGUGGUGGUUAAAGGCAAAACUGAUGAACAGGAAGCAGGACCCCUUCCAGCAAAAGUUAACCUGGCUCACUCAGCAAUAUAAAUAGCUUUUCAAAAUUAAUUUGGUUGUCUGACUCUACAACUUCUGUCAGCUCUGGUGACUUUUUCUAAAUAAGGACUAGGGUGGGGAGUUCAGCUUUCAGAUGCAAAUAAAGUUACCAAAUCAGUGGAGGCUCUACUGUCCGUGUAUUUUCCACUAAUGAAAAAAUUCAGAUGGUGGGUGUAGGUUUGUGGUGUAUGCACACUUGUUUGCAGCUUUUUUUCUUACCAAAAAUUACAAAUAUUGUCUGUACAGUGAGGUCCUGGUAUUUGCAUAUGAUGGCCAUCUGUUAGUCCUUCAGAAUGUAUAUUUGGAAUCCAUUUCAAAAAAAUAUAAGGAAUCUUCGGUGGUCAAAGAUGCCUGGAAGUUGACUUCUCAGCUACGGAUAGAACCUAACAUGUAGAGCUGCUUGUAAAAACCUUUCUGCCUGGUACAGCCUGUGUUCCAUGGAGAACAAUCAGUUUCUUUCUGCACCUUGUCAACUACCAGUACUAUAGGUCAGAAGUAAAAUUUUAAUAAAAUUCCACGUAUGUCCAGUUGGAAUUCUGUAUUGUAUUCCUUUGAAGCAAGCUCCCAAAGUGGUUAUUUAAAAUUAGGUUAUAUUAUUUUUCAUAUUUUCUCACUUAGAUUUGCUGGCUUUCACAUCUUAAUGUGAUUACUUCACUUCCUGAAAACUGGUUCCUAAGCAGAAGCAAAACUGUAAGCAAACAGAGUAUUGGCCACCUCUGUGUUCUAGUACUAAAUUGACCACAAUGUGUGUAGUGUGUGUGAUGCUAUCUUCACCAACACUUUUUUUUUUUGUAUUUUGCGUGUGUCUGCACCUGGAAGACUGGUUGACCUCUGGUGAU